AUCGAAUAUCAAAGACACAGUUACUGAAAAUGUUUUCGAAGAAAACACAACAGAAGAAUCAUCAACAGAUGAAGUUGAAUGUGUCCAGCACAAAAUUGAACAUCAAAAUGAGAUACCCAUGGAAAUUGGACAGGAAAAUUUAGAAUCAUGUUCACUAAAAGGGGAAAUUGUAAUAUCAGAAUCAAUUGAUGACACACUCGUAACUGAUGCGGAGGUAGCUGAGGCAGUUAAUACGAUAUCAGAAUCUCUCGAUGACACUCUUGUAAGUGAUACAGAAGUAGUUAAGACAAUAUCAAAAUCGCCUGAUGUCACACUUGUAACCGAUGUGGAGGAAGCUGAGACAGUUGAGACAAUAUCAGAAUCACUUGUAACCGAUGCAGAGACAGUUGAGACAAUAUCAGAAUCGAUGGGUGAUACACUCGUAACUGAUGCGGAGAUAGUUGAGACAAUAUCAGAAUCACUUGUAACCGAUGCCGAGGCAGUUGAGACAAUAUCAGAAUCACUUGUAACCGAUGCCGAGACAGUUGAGACAAAAUCAGAAUCACUUGUAAUUUAUGCCGAGACAGUUGAGACUAUAUCAGAAUCACUUAUAACUGAUGCCGAGACAGUUGAGACAAUAUCAGAAUCACUUAUAACUGAUGCCGAGACAGUUGAGACAAUAUCAGAAAUGGCUGAUGACACACUUGUAACCGAUGAGAAGGUAGCUGAGACAAUAUCAGAAUCAAUUGAUGACACACAUGUAACCGAUGCAGAGGUAGCUGAGACUGUUGAGACAAUAUCUGAAUCAAUUGAAGACACACUUGUAACCGAUGCAGAGGUAGCCGAGACUGUUGAGACAAUAUCUGAAUCAAUUGAUGACACACUUGUAACUGAUGCAGAGGUAGAUGAGGCAGUUGUGACAAUAUCAGAACCGAUGAAUAACACACUCGUAACCCAUGCGAAGGUAGCUGAGACAGUAAAGACAAUAUCAGAAUCAAUUGAUGAUACACUUGUAACCGAUACGGAGGUAGUUGAAACAGUUAAGGAAAUAUCAGAAUCGCUUGAUGACACUAUUGUAACAGAAAUGGAAGUAGUUGAGACAGUUACAGAAAAAAAAUUAGAUUCUUCUAGUGAGGACAUUAUCAAGGCAGCUGAAUCAAGUAAUGACGAUAAUCAUUCUGAAGAAAAUUUGAUUGAAAAACAAGAAUCAGAAGAAAUUACCGAAAAAGAACCAGUAGAGGAAAUUGCAGAGCAGAUCCAACCUUCUUCGAGUGAAACUCAAGUUGAAGUGGUUCAAGAAAAUACCUCAGAAACAAUAUCUUCUAUAUGUGAACCUUCAGAAGAACAGGAACAAGAUAAUAUUGACACCCAACCAAUUCAAAUGGGAGAUCACAAAGUAGAGCAAAGACUAGAAAAUGUUGAUCAGGUCAGUAUAGAAUGCGUAUCUGAAAGAGGUGAUGCUGAAAUGGUGGAAGAAGACAAAAAGAUUGAAUUAACAGAACCAAUGAAGAAAUCUGAUGAAGAACCUUGUUCGAUUUCGACACCAGAAGCUGAGAAAUCUACUACUGAAGAUACAGCAGCAUCAGAGUUGCCUGAAGUCAGUGAAGUUGAUGAUUUGAGAACUAAUAUUGUAGACAAUGAGGAACCGGAUUCAAUUCCAACCCAAAAUAUUGAGGAAUUUAUGGAUGUCACUACGGAGCCUUCAGAAUCUGCUGUCGACCAAACAACUGAUAACUCUGAACUGAAAUCUGCUGAAGAUAAUUUAGUACCAGUUGAGGAAGAACCUUGUGUUAAGAAGGUGAUUAUAUAUGAACAUGACUGUCGAAUCGACCAAACUGAAGAUAAAUCUGAAAAUGAUGCUGCUAUCUUGAGUACUCAUAUAACUGAAACUCAAGAAAAAGAACCUGAAGAUCCUCUUGUCCAAGAAGCUGGAGAAUUUUGUUCCACUCUUUCUCAUGAUCUAGAUAGAAAAAAAGUUGAAAGUGAAGAACCAACGAUUUCUCAAGACGAAGAUCCAGCAGUAAUUGAAGAAGUAUUUGAGCAGCAGGAACAAAUAGUUCAUGAAGACAAUAUUCAAAGUAAUCAGACGGAAGAGGUUUCCAGUUCAGAUCAACAAGAAAUUCCAGAACUGGCAGAAAAAACACAUGAAAAUGUUGAUCACAACGCUGAACCAACAAUGGAAGAUCAAACCUCAGCUGCUGUACAGUCAAUUUUGGACAAUAUGCUAACUGAAGAGAGAAGCAGAGAAAGAGUAAUAGAAAAAGAAGAGCCACAGGUGGUGCAUUCUAGUUACUCUUCAUACGAAGUGCAAAAAGCUGUACAAGAAAUACAAGGUAUAAGCCUACCAGAAAACAUUGUUGAAAUGUCUGCUGAAGAGAUUGAAUGCAUCUCCAGUUCAGAAAAAUUAUGCGAAUCUGAAAAGGCUGUAUUGGAAGAGGAAAAUAUUGUGGUACCAAACAUGGAAGACCAGAAAGAAGUUGAACCUGAAAUUGGUGAAAGUGAAGCACUGAAGGAAACAACUAUUUCCAAACCAGAUAGCAUUCAGACUAUUGAAACUACUGAAUAUGUUGGACCAGAAGAAAUGUUUAAAGACAAAGUUGAAAGUAUUGAUGAAUCCCCAAAUAGUCCAUUGAGCAAUACUGAAAAUCAGGAAUCUGUAACGCAUAGUGAUGUACUAGAUGGAGAAGAUGCUGAUGCAAGGAUAAUUGAACAAGUACCAUCAGCCGCAAAGUAUUCUUCUGAGACAAGAGACCAGCAGGAUCCAGUUGUUAUACCAUCUAUUGAUUUGAGUGAAGAGUCUUCCAGCGAAGAUGCUUCAGAUGAAGACAAUAGACAUGUAGUUUCAUCAUCAGUUCAGAGCAAUUUUUUCACGAAAGAAUCUCAUGCUGACAUUAAAGCAGCAUCUUCUAAAACACCAUCUAAAGCUGAUAAAGUUUCUAGUAACUCGCAGUUUAAAAACGAAUCCAAGAAGUUCUCCCCUAGAGAAACUCGUCACAGCUCUAGAAUAAGCGAAAAGCUGAAACCCCACAGUCUGAAGGAUGACAUUGACCAACCACUCUCAGUUAACAUAGAUGAUAUCGAGAGGGAAAAGCCAUAUAGUCCUAAAAUUACUAUAAAACCUAUAAAAGAGGAUGAACCAAAUGAGGACAAAGAAGAGCACAAAGGUUCUUUGAAAAUCACAAUAACCAAACAAUCAGACAAUACGCAUUCUAUUCUAAAAAUGUGCAGUCCUGAUGUUGAUCAUCGACAGAAGCAAACCGAAAGCGAAGAAUCAAAUGUGGUUCCAAAAUUGGUCAUCAAGACUUCGGAUACACAUUCGGAACAGAAUAGUCCUAAGAUAUCGACAAGAAGUUCUAAACAGGUUAUACCGGCCAAUUCCAAUAUAAGAUCGGGCAGUCCCAGAAUUACAAUUAAACCCAUUGUUAAACCGGAGGUUAGAGAAACUAUUGCAAGUCCAUUAAAAAUUACCAUCAAACCAAUAGGAAAACCCGAGGAGUUUUCGAGGCAGCAGCAAAGACAUAGUCCAAAACAAAGUAAGAACAAAAGUGAUGAUGACCAUUACAGUACUCGAAGCAAAGUGCCAAAAACGUCUGAAAAUUCUGAUGUUCAUAGCCCGAAGGUCACAAUAAAACCUGUUAAACAUCCAGAAGAAUCGGAGGUGGUCUCCACGCCAAAGAUCACUAUCAAACCAAUAGAAAAACCCGAAGAAGCCAGAGUUAGCCCCAAGAUCACUAUAAAACCUGUAGUGAGACCAAUUGAAGUAGAGGCAGAAGUGGAAGAUGAAGUGAAAGAAAGGAUAGUACUCAAAAUAAACAAGGGUAAUCUACCUGCCAAAGACACUGAGAGAAUCGGCAGAGAAUCUAGGAAACGAGAACUCGAAGAUGAUAAAUCCGAAAAAUUGGCCAAGAUAAAAUUGAAAUUUUCAAAGGAUGGUGACGCUCACAUCGUUCAUAAGGGCACGGACGCUCCUACCCAUAAGAGACAGCAUGAUUUUGAGAAUGAGAGAUCGAAGAGGUUCAAGGCGGAUGUUACGACAGACAGUGAUGACGAUGUCAAGCUAAUUGAAAACACUCAAUCUCCAAUUGUGAUCAGUGAGGAUUCUCAAUCGCAAGACAGUGUUAUCCUUAUAGAGGACGCUAAGGAUCCGUUGGCACUGGCGCCAACACCAGAGCCUAUAACUCCUGUCGUUCCCGUCAGUGCCCCUAGAAAACGGGGAAGACCACGAAAAGUGCCCUUGGUUGCUAGGGAAGAUUUUGGCAGCGAUAUGAAAGACAGAAUGACCCAACCUAUAACUCCAGUUUCUGUUUCAAGCGUGGAACAGCCCGCUGAGGGGGAAUCCACAGGCAGACCGAAGAGGAGUUGUCGUGCCCAGUCCGUUCGUGAUACGUUAGGGAUCAAACCAAGGAAGCCUUCGAAACCUAGAGGGGGUAAACGAGGUGCUAAAGCGAACUCGUCAAAAGCAGAAAAGGACCAUGGAUUAUUAAGUGUGACGAAAAUUGAGGUUACUCCGAGAAGUUCGUUGACGGAAGAAGCUCUGCAAGACGCGCGCAGUUCCAAAACAUUGAAGGUGGAAGAAGUCAACAAGGAAGAACAGAUCAAACCUUUCGGAUUGAAGCGACUCCUUGAGGCGGCCAUAGAUCAAAACAUAAUAGAAGUUAUUGAAAUAGACUCGCCAAGUAAUUCCCCCAAAUGUUUGGAUAAAAUCGAAGAGGAAGAUGGUGUUGUAGAGGUAAAACCGCUGGAAUAUAUCGAUAAUCCAGAUAAAGAUAUCAGUUUUUCUGGCAAUAUCGGCGAGAUCAAAGAGUUCGAGAUUCAAAAGGUUGAGUCGCUCAAUGACGGUUGUAACAAGGAUCCUUCUGAAUUUGGUGGGGCUGACGCAGCGGCAUCUGACGUGGAGAUGCAGCCUCCGACUCCUGUUUUUGCACCACCUUUGAGCGAGGUCACCACUGUAGACAUCAACAGCACAUCUGAUAUAGCUAUGUUUGAGGAGGAAACUAGGAUGAGUGCAGAUGCUAACAGCAGAGCGCAAACUCCUGCAAAACAGGUGGUAUCGGCAGAUGUAGUGGUGGAAGAAUCGCAGAGCUCAGUACAGAGUACAGCGACCACAGAAAGCGGCAAGAUCAGUAGAAGAAGCCGGCUUGAGGUCCAUCAGGAUCAAGACGGAUCUGUCUUCACCGCUGAUCAACUCAACGAAUACUAUUGGGGUGGUAAUGGACCCUUCAUGAUACAAGAGCAAGUUGCUCAAUUCUUGGGCAUCAAGUCCUUCAAGAGGAAAUAUCCUGGAAUUCCCAGAAGGAUGGUGGACAUGCAAGAGAGGGAUUAUAUCAGAGAAAACGGUUUAGCUUCCGAAUCGAUGUGCGAUUUGGGGCUCACUGCCGUGAAUAGUGCAGAUAUUUUGGACAUUAUGUAUACGGAUUUCCAAGAAAAAUAUGAAGAAUUUUGUAGGUUCCAGAGAGAUAAGCAGGCUAAAGACCUUUUGAACAAACAGAAAGCCUUAUCAUUGGCGACUAAUCAAGAGAAAAGUAAACUAGACAUACUAGAGCAAGCUGUGCAGUCGGCGGCUGCUUACAAUGCCAAUUUCAAUAAAACGAGGAGAGAACAAAGAAGAGCAUGUAUGGAUCUGCAGACAAUGAACAUUCAUUAUCCUAAAGGAAGACUGAAGAAAAUAAGUAUGCCAAAAAUUGGUAACUAUCCUGUGGCAGUGGUACCAGGACAGUUCACAGAUUAUUAUAAGGAAUUCACCCCCACUGAACUCAACAACCUUCCUCUCAACACCAUGCUGUACACUGAACUUCAUAAAAUCCUACCGGAAGCGAGUGAUAGUGAUUCCGACAGUUCUGGAUCAGAUUCGGACGAUUCCAGUUCUUCUGGCUCGGAAUCUAAUUCAUCGUGUGAAGAUAACUGUAAAAUGUGUGAGAAGGGCAGUUUGACUCCUAGAAAAUCGCCUGUUCAUUCUAGUAUAUAAGUACAUAUAAUUGAAUAGUUAAUAUUUUUAAAUUUAAACUUGUACAUAAAAUAUAAUUAUACUAUAUAGAUCGUAACUAAUCAGUAAUAAAUGGAUCAUGUUCUA